CUUUUCUGAUUAUCCUUAAGGGGGUAAGAGUUUUUCAUAUAGACAAAUGACUAUACUAGUAUAAAAUUUUGAUUACAUUUCCCUAAAUUAAUUCAGUUUAUAUUAAAAGUGGCUUUUCUGGUUAGGUUAGAACAACUCUUUUAGUCAUGUGUAAACCCCAGCUCAUAAAAAGGGGUCUAAAAGACUUGACUGCCUACAUACAACACUACAGUGUGAUACAGUAAGAUGGUAUUGGAAUACAAAAUGAAUGCGAGUUGAAUUGUCAAGUUAAUAUCAAUGUCAGAAAACUCAGUUUUCUCAUGUGACACUGGUGCAGAAAAAACUAGAGAUGAGCUACGAAAGCAGGUCUAUGAUGCAAUGGCUGAGAAGGAAGAGACUGUGGCAGCUGACAACAAGCUGAAGUCUGAAGAUUCAAAGAGCCCUGCUGAGGUGAAAAAAGAAAAUGGUGUGGCAGAGUGCCCAGUCAAACACGUGAAUGGAUCAGAGAAAACAUCGGACUCCCCUGUGAAUGGGCAAGAGAAGAGUUCAGUCCAGGAAACCACAGCGAAUGGAGCCGAGAAGACCCCGGGUGCUCCUGUGAAUGGUGUGGGAGAAAGUCCUACUGGAUCUCCUGGAAAGGAAAAUGUGACGGCGAAGGUACAAAUUGUUAAAGAGCAGAAUGGAGAGGCGAAGGAUAAGGAAUCCAAACCAGAGGCUGAACAGAACGAAGAGGAAGCAGAGGGCAGUAGAUCUCUAGAUACUGAGCACUGUUGGUGUGGAUGGGUGUAACACAAGUUUGGUAUUGCUUAAUACAGACUGGUCAUCAUUAACAGGUGUUGCAAAAGGUGAAGGGGAAUGCACUGGAGCAAGUGUAAACUGCACAUUUUUUUCCAUUUUCCGAGCACAUUUGCAUUUGGUUUUCUACUGAAGGUGCACUUUAGAAAAAUGAGUGUCUAGCUCUUUGUAAUUAUCCUCCUGUUUUUU